AUGCCAACAAACGGAAUUAACAAGGCCCUGAAGCUGCAGUUUGGCCUCAUCAACUAUGAGAAUCGCUACCUGACGGCGGAGGCCUUUGGCUUCAAGGUGAACGCCUCGGGCAUCAGCAUGAAGAAGAAACAGAUCUGGACAUUAGAGCAGGAUGAGCAAGAUGGCCAAGUAGUGUUCCUCCGUAGCCACCUGGGACGCUAUCUGGCUUCUGACAAAGAUGGGAAGAUCAUAUGUGGUGCAGAGAAGCCUGACCCUGAAUGCCGUUUCCUUAUUGUGCCCCAAUCUGACGGGCGCUGGGCGCUGCAAUCGGAGCCUUACCUGCGUUACUUUGGAGGCUCGGCUGACUACCUGUCCUGCUUUGCCCAAGUCAUUGGAGAACAAGAGCUGUGGGCUGUCCACUUGGCUUUACACCCGCAGGCCAGCCUGCUCAGUGUGGCACGUAAGCGCUAUGCCCAUCUGUCUUCUUCAGAUGGAGAGAUUUCAGUGGACAGCAACAUCCCCUGGGGAGUGGACUCCCUGGUCACCUUGGUAUACAUGGACGGCAAGUACAGCCUGAAGACUUGUGACAGCCGUUUCCUCAGCAAUGAUGGCAAACUGGUGAAGGAGAACACCAAUACUACUAGCUUCACACUGGAGCUGAAAUCUGGCAAGCUGGCCUUUAAAGACUGUGAUGGGAAAUAUCUUACCCCAGUGGGUCCCACAGGAACGCUACGAUCUGGCCGAUGCUCCAAACCUGGAAAAGAUGAGCUGUUUGAUCUCGAGGAGAGUCAUCCACAAGUUGUUUUUCAAGCCGCAAAUAAAAGAUUUGUCUCGGUCAAACAAGGAGUGAGUAUUUCAGCCAAUCAGGAUGUGGAGACAGACAUGGAGACCUUCCAGAUGGAGAUUGAUAAGGAGAGCAAAAAGUCUAUGUUCAGGACCAAUGGCGGAUCCUACUGGACUUUAGUGACUCACGGAGAGAUCCAGUCCACCGCUACAGAAGUAGAGGUCAACACAAUGUUUGAAAUUGAGUGGCGAGGACAGAGGGUGGCACUUAAAGCAAGUAAUGGAAAGUAUGUGUGUACAAAGAAGAACGGGCAGCUCUCAGCCGUCAGCGAUACAGUGGGGGAAGAUGAAUUGUUCCUGAUGAAACUCAUCAACCGCCCUAUGCUGAUCCUUAGUGGAGAGAAUGGCUUUGUGUGUCACCACAAGAACUCUAACACUCUGGACGCAAAUCGAUCUGUCUAUGACAUUUUCUCAUUGAUCUUCAAUGAUGGCGCAUACAAUGUAAAAAGUGUGAACGGAAAGUUCUGGUACGUCUCUAGCAAUGGCCUAGUGUGCUCAGACGGAGAGAAGCCAGAGGACUUUUUCCUUGAGUUCCUGGAACACGGACGCAUCGCAAUCAAGGGCUCUAAUGGCAAGUACCUUCGUGGAGACCAGGGAGGUACGCUUAUGGGUGAUGGUACAACUGUUGACGCAUCUUCUCUUUGGGAGUACUGA